AUGGGUGGAAACUACCCGCACAAGAACGUGAAAAAACAUCGGUACUUUCACAAAACUACUCGCCGCACCAAAUUUCUUCUUAAAGGCAAUGACGAUGUUUAUGAUGAGCUUCAUAAAGCUGAGGGAGAGGAGAAACCCUUGCUCGUUGAUAAAGAUCUCCCUGGAAUGGGCCAAUAUUACUGUCUACCCUACGAUCAGUAUUUUACNNGUCUACCCUACGAUCAGUAUUUUACUAACAUGGCUAUGAUGGAUGAGCAUUUCAUGACUAAAAAGCAUAGGAGACAUGUGAAGCGAAUGAUGGGGCUUGCACUUCAUGCACAACUUAUUGCCGAACUAACUGCUAGGAUGGGAAUGCCGAAUAAUGGUACAAAGUUGAUGUCAAUGUGA